AUGGCAGCGGAGGCAGGCGGCGGGCGCAGGUCGCGGCUGAGGCUGAGCCGCCGCAGGCCGCCCUCGGAGGCCAGGCCCCCCAGCGGCCGCCCCUGGUUCCUGCAGGAGAUCGAGAACGGGAGCGCUGAGCCCUGGGCUGAGCUGCUGCGCGCCCUACACCAAGACGGGGACCUGGCCACCGUGCCCCCACCGCUGCCCACUUUCCCACCCCCGGAGUCCAGGCUUGGCCCGGACCACGUGGCACCCCCUGAGGACUUCACUGUCGGAGGCCAGGUCUUUCCUUGGACUCCCUUCCCACCGGCUCCGCGGUGUGACGCUCGCUCCUAUCACCUGAACUGGGGUGCCAGGGGCCUCCCUGGGUCCCCCACCCUGUCCCCUUUCCAUCGUCCUGAGCCUGAGCCCCAUAGGACCCCCAGCGUCAAGGAGCCACCUUCGCAGCCACUGGAGGAGGAGAAGCCGCUGUCUAUGGAGGAAGAGAAGCUGCUCUCAGGGAAGGAGGUGCCGGCCCUUGGGUGCUGCCCCAUGUGCCAGCUGGAUUUCAGCACCAAGCUGUCCCAGCUCGACAUCGAUGCUCACCUGGCUCAGUGCUUGGCCGAGAGCACAGACGACGUGGUGUGGUGA